AUGGAACUUAUGAGCGUAUUGCGCGCACCUUGGUGGAGGUUUUGGGCGAUUUACCUGCUUGCUGGACUGGAAGCUUGGGCUAUUUGGCGCAACUGGCCGUGGUUCUUGCCAUUCACCGUUUACGUGCUGGUACCGUUGCUUGACUUGCCAGAGCGCAACUCAUGGAAACCCUCAGCGGAAACUGCACUAUUCCGCCUACCACUUACUCUGUGGCUCCCUGUGCAAACGCUCGUAAUUCUACUGCUAAGCUGGCGGGUAGCGAGGAUCAGCCCAGCCUGGGCACCGUUGCAGACGUUCCUUUGGGCGCUCUCACUGGGCAUUGUCAUGGCUCUCGGUAUCAAUGUCGCACACGAACUGAACCACAAGAUGCACGUCAUGUACCGUUUGUUAGCGCGAUGUCUGCUGAUUAUGGCCGGGUAUGGGCCGUACGCCGUAGAGCAUAACCGUGGGCAUCAUAAGAAUGUAGGACUUGCGCAUGAUCCAGCCACCGCACGACCUGGGGAGUCGUUCUACCGCUUCCUGCCUCGAGCAGUUCGGGGAGUUGUGAUGUCUCCACGGACCUGGCCCGAUGCGCGUGAGCGCAUUUUGCUGGACACGCUGGCGUAUGGUUUCAUUCUUCAGCUAUUCGCUUUUGCGUGUACACUACCGUGGCCAGCAACUGAAACCAUGAUCGAAACUAGCCGACGAUCGAGGUACGUCCAUGGUUUAAUGGUUUAUCUGAUUGGUUCCGCAUUCGGGGUUUUCCAGCUAGAGCUCGUGAACUAUGUCGAGCAUUAUGGAUUACAACGCAUGUCGCCUGAGGAGCCGGUCACUGCCCAACACUCGUGGAAUAAUCACCACUGGCUCAGUGGCUGCCUCCUUUUCAAGCUUGAGUAUCACAGUGAUCACCAUUUACAUGCUGCACGCUGGUACUCCCGGCUGGAAAACCGACCAGAGGAAUGGCCGCAGCACCCGGCGGGACUUCCGGCGAUGAUGCUUCUGGCGCUGGUGCCCCCGCUCUGGAUGGCUGUCAUGGAUCCUCGCGCCAAGCGUAUCAGAACAGCAACAGCUUCGAUACCACGAUCAUGA